AUGCUUUUCAUUUCUACGUUCACAUCCUUACUCCCUCCCACUGGCCUUCCUCCUGUCUCCUUCCUCUUAUUUCUCACAUUAACCUCUUCACCCCCUUCAAAAGUUUUCCUAAACUCUUCACCUUUUCUCACCCAAUGUCCCCUCCACCCUGCUUCUGUUACUACACACAUGUCUUUCUUUGGCGCUCAAAUAUAUUUUCCCACCAAAAUAUAUUUUUGUCUCUUCGCUAAUGACAUAACUAUUGCUUUCAGUCUGUCGACGUUCAUUUCUCUCUGGAAAUACUUUCUUUUCUCAGUUUUCUUCCGAUAUUCUUCUUCUUCCUGUCUAUCAUAUCUUUUAUCUUCUGACAUCUUUCUGUUAUUUUUCUUCUCGUUAUUUCUUUAUUUCUAUCGUUUUCCUUUCUUUCUUUCCAUCCUUUUUCUAUCUUUGGUUCUUCAUUUCUUUCUUUCAAUCUUUUUUCUUUAUGUGUUCGUUAUUGAAUUAUUUCUUAUACUGCAUUUUACUCUUGUUUUUAUCUUUCUUUCUUCCAUUUAUAAUCGUUAUUUACCUUUGCCAUUGUCUCGAUUUUCGUACUUAAUUUUUAACAUUUUCGUCUUUCUUUCAUCCUUUCACAUUUGCUAUUUUCUUUCACAAUUUUCGUGGUUUCCUUUAUUACACUAUUUCAUUAUUUAUUUCGCCUCUUCGUUCGGUUUAGUUUAUUUGACUACCUUCUUUUUUCCGACCAGAAACUGA